ACGACACGGUUCAAGUAUGUACCACGGUAAGGUAUAAUACGUUUCAAGUCGAAAAUCUUAAAAGAAAUCAAUUCUGACGAUUACGUAUCCUUCUUUAUUCGAUAUUCCUUUAGCUAUUUUUAAUUUACCAAAAAAUCAAUUUCACAGUUUCUUCGUAGAAAUUCUACAUCUGUCUAUAUCCCUGUACGCUGGAAAUUCAUUCGAAACUUUCAACAUAUUUGUCGAAGGUCUACGAGUUCUAAACUCGUUAUUAUCUCCUGGAAUCGAUGCGAUCUCGAGAUCGAUUUUAACGAGAGCCCUGAACUUUUCAGCUAACGAACGCACACGGUCCCAGUCGGAUCCCGAGACCUGCACUUUUUCCACGUUAAUAUCGUCGUAAAUCUUAUUGGGACGCUUGGUUGAUAAAUAACGGCAGCCAGACGCAUGCGUCCAUGAGCAUCGAUUAUUUUGAUUGGUGCCAGAUAUUACCAGGCUCCAGUCGUGGCAGUUUGCCACGAGUCAAAACGAAUGUCGAAUUCUUGUAACCUCGAAAGCUCGGAUAAACGAUAACAAACGAUAUUCCGUCAAAUUUGGAAGAAAAAUGUUUCGCGCAUCCUUCGAAAUUGCACGGCGAAACGUGACCAAGUGAUAACGUCGAACGCGAUCGAGGAAAGAUUUUACGUUUAUCGUGGACAGAAGAUUCGAAUUGGAAUUUUUGCCCACCAUUGACAUGCGUGAACAGAGUCGUUUGAAAAUUUAUCUGGUAAUACGUGGAACCUUUUAAUGGAAAAGUGUACCGAUUGGUUGGCUACGGGAGAUAUUCCGGUGGAAAAUUAAUGGUAUCGUCGAAAGUUUUUAUUGUCAGAAACUAACGGCUUUUGCGAAAAAUUGAUCAAACUCGCCGAUGAACGAAGGAAAGUAUGACUACCAUAAAACCAACCACCUGCAAAGAAGCUAUUCGACUUUGGGAGGAAGAGAACAAGCAGGAAGCUUCCACCGCGAAGGAAGUAAUUCUGAGCUUCCAAUGGCCUCCUAUAGAAAAAAUGGACAACGCUUUAGCGGUUUUGAUCAAUUGCGAGAAGCUCUCGCUCUCGACGAACAUGAUCGAGAAGAUUGCGGGAAUCGGAACACUGAAGAACCUAAGGAUCCUCUCGUUAGGACGUAACUUGAUAAAAGGAUUCGCUGGCUUAGAAGCAUUAGGCGACACUCUGGAGGAACUUUGGAUUUCGUACAAUCUGAUCGAGAAAAUGAAGGGAAUCAAUGCGAUGAGGAAUCUGCGUGUUGUCUACAUGUCGAAUAAUUUGGUUAGGGAGUGGAUCGAAUUUAACAAACUUCAAGAACUUACCAAUCUUCAGGAUCUCGUAUUCGUCGGAAAUCCAUUGUACGAGAGUUUAGAGAAUGCAUUUUUAGGUGGAGAACUGGAGAUUGGAAGUCGCCAGACGUUUACCAACGUUGGAAAAAUUAGACGGUGAAUUAAUUAUACGGGCAGAAGAAUGCGCGAAUGUGUUGCAAAAGGUUGAUAGUCCUGUGCAAACUCAGAAAUCAGUCGAGUAAAAUACCGUACAAUGAUGUCCUGAUACGUUUGUAGAUCUUUUUCGAUUGUCCUUUUCAUUUUUUACAGUUUGUGAUUGAUAAUUUACUAAGACGUUUUAUUUGUAUAAUCUUUUCUAUAUAUAUAUAUAUAUAUAUAUAU